AGCCAUCGAUUAACACUACAACUUAACUAUGGCUCCUACAACUUGUAUCACCAUUUCCGCUUUUCUAAUCCUUCUUCUCCUCACUCCAAUCUCUUCUUUUAACCCAUUUAUUAUAGAUUAUCAAGAUUCAGAUGUAUCCUGCUCGAUCCCAGAAUCCGAUAUCGAUCUUCUUGAAUUUUCUCUAAACUUGGAGUAUCUUACAGCUGAGUUCUUUCUGCAUAGCUCAACAGGUCAGGGCUUGGAUAGGUAUGAACCAUCUUUAGCUGCUGGAGGUCCAAGACCCAUGGGUGCUAAAAAGGCUGAUGUUGACCCUUUCACUAGAGAUAUUAUGGAGCAAUUUGGAUGGCAAGCAGUAGGACACUUGAGGGCAAUUAAGAAGACAGUUAAGGGAUUUCCAAGGCCAUUGUUGGAUCUUAGGGCAGAAUCAUUUGCAAAACUUAUGGACUUCGCACUUGGAAGGGAACUGUCUCCUCCUUUUGACCCGUAUUCCUCUGGAUCUCACAGCCUUAUUGCAGCCUACAUGAUCCCCUAUGUUAGUCUCACAGGAUAUAUUGGAAUAAAUCAAAGAAUCGAAGGCUCUGCUUCUAAGCAGCUUGUUGCAGGCCUUCUGGCCAUGGUGUCUGGUCAAGAUGCAGUAAUCCGAGGAUUACUAUAUGAGAAGGCAUUCGAGAAGGUGAAUCCAUAUGAUAUAACAGUGGCAGAGUUCACAGGUCGCAUUUCAGAUCUAAGAAAUAAGCUGGGACACAAUGGUUUUAAAGACGAAGGACUUGUAGCUCCUGAGUUCCAGCCAGAAAACAAAAUUAGAGGCAAUGUGCUUGCUGGAAACAAGAAUUCAAUUGGAUUUGCAAGGUCACCUGGGGAGGUACUGAGAAUUGUGUAUGGGGGAGGAAAUGAACGUGCUCCCGGAGGUUUCUUCCCACACGGAGCUAAUGGUCGUAUUGCUAGAUGGUACUUUAACUAGAUCUUACAUAUGCUAAGGCAUAUGAGAAAUAAUAGUGGGUAAUAUAGAGUUUUCAGUGUUUCAACUUCAUGAUUUUUGGAUACAACAAUAAAUUUUAGCGUUUAAGGAUUUGAUGCA